CCUCUCUGAGGGUCUAUGCUGCAGCAGAAAAAGCACCAAACUCCUACUGGGGGAAUUCCCAGAGUACACUAUAAAAGGGCUCCCGCUGUCCUUUCUCCAUCAUACCUGUUUGCUGAGAAGAUGAAGUGUGCAAACUUGGCUGUGCUGCUGGUCUUUCUACAAAAUGCCAUUGCACAGAAUGCAGCCACCACCACGAUCCAGAAUGUGCCUACACCUCUUCCUACUCUGGUGGAAUAUCUGACUGAACCUCAGGCCACACUCAACAAACCUCAGUUCAUGCCAGAGCCAUUUGCCAACGUAACCGGCUCUUUGAAUGAAAAUGGAGUGUGCCAAUGCUCAGUGUACCUGCCAGACACCGCGUUUCCUGUGCAGAAGGUCGAGAUGCUGGAAAUCACAGCCCGAGUGCUUUCUGAGAAAUUUGAAAUAGAACUUACUAAAGUUAGCCAAUAUACCAAAGCAAUUGAAAUAUAUGAACAGAAAAUCCGAAACCUAACCAUCAAGGUGGAACAUAUGGAGUCAACCAGUGUUUCUUACACUGAGUUGGACUUUCAGUUACUGAAACUGGAAAUCAAUGAAAUGCAGAGACUGGUCACUCAGCUGAAAUCCACACUUGUUGGAAGCAAUGUGAUUGUUGAACAACUAUACGUGGAGAUUAGGAAUCUGACUGUUAUGGUAAAUGAUCUGGAAUCAUUGGACAAAAACAAUAUCCUUGCAAUCCGUCGAGAAAUUGUGACACUGCAGAAUCGAUUGAAGGAAUGUGAAAAGGAUAGAAAUCAAACCACUCCACCCUCCUAUUUCCCACCAGGUAGUUGUGGUCAUGGUGGAAUUGUGAAUAUCAGCCAGCCCUAUGUUGUACAGCUGAACUGGAGAGGAUUUUCCUUCAAAUAUGGUGCCUGGGGUAGGGAUUACUCUCUUCGGACGCCAGAGAAGGACCUAUACUGGGUUGCACCUUUGAACCCAGAUGGGAGAAUCUUGGAAUAUUACAGACUUCAUAAUUCCUAUGAUGAUUUGCUGCUAUUCAAAAACGCUAAAGAAAGUAGAAUUGCAUACGGGGAAGGCAGUGGCAUUGCAGUUUACAAUAAUUUCAUGUAUUAUAAUAUAUAUAGUACAAGAGAUAUGGGCAAGCUCGAUUUAAACACAAACACAUUGGCUUUGAGGAAAACUCUGCCAAACGCUGCUUAUGGUAACCGUUUCUCUUAUGCUGGUGUUGGGUGGCAAGAUAUAGACUUUGCUGUGGAUGAAAGUGGAUUAUGGGUAAUUUAUUCAACCGAGGAAAGCACGGGUAACAUUGUGAUUAGCAAACUCAAUGAGACCACACUUGAUGUGCUCCAUACUUGGAAAACAAGGCAGUACAAGCCAUCUGUUUCUAACGCUUUCAUCAUAUGUGGUGUUCUAUAUGCCACAAGACCUGUCAGCACUAGGAAAGAGGAAAUAUUUUACAUGUAUGACACCAACACUGAACAGGAAGGUAGAAUUAGUAUAAUUAUGGACAAAAUGUUAGAAACAGUUCAGAGUAUCAACUAUAAUCCCUCAGACCAAAUCCUGUAUGUUUACAAUGAUGGCUACCUUGUUAGAUACAAUCUGAUUUUUCAACCUGCGUUACACUGAUAUGAAUUUACAUAACGGCUAGAGACCAUAGAAAGUCCAAUUUUAUAUCCCUGUGGACAAUGUUAAUGUCCUAAUCCUCCCAAGAGUAGCUACUGGGCCUAGGGUUUAUUACCAUGAGCUGUCCCAGUGAAGGGAUUACUUACACUAAUAACCUCUAUGCCUGGUAAUAACUAGUUGCAAGAUUGGGUUCUUAGCUUUUUAACUGGUGUUUAGAUUCAAUGGUGACAGGUGUACUAGAAAUGCCUCUGCUGUAAAGAUAAAUAGAUGACUUAUUGAUGGACAGAACAUGCAUAGCAAUAGGCUCACACACUGAUGUGCAUUUGGAGGAAUGUCUGUAUUUGGAUAAAACAUGGAAACUGAA